AUGCAUGGCUACCGGGAAACAGUAGUCUCUCAAGACAAAUCUACGUCGAAAAUACUCUACAUUUUUCCAGGCGAAUACUGGUUUUCAUGCAAAAGACUAAUGCAAGGUUCUCUGCAAUUACGCGCUCUAUUGCGAAUAUUGGCUCGGGAAAAAAUAGGAGCAAUAACCGAAGACAUGUUCGAUGGAGGACCAUCAUCUACUCGCCUUUACAGCACCUUUAGUCGUGGAGUUUACAUUGUCCCCAUGCUUUGCUUUCUUCGGACUGACCACAAUAUAUUUCCUUCAAAAGUUUCGUCUCGUUUACGAGAAUCUUCUUAUGGUCUAUCGAUGAGGCAACCUAAUACUGUUCCUCAAAUGGGGCUUAUUGUUGCUAUAGACCUUAAAUUGGGAAUUGGAAAAAAUGGCACUAUUCCGUGGAACUUCAAGAAGGAUAUGGAGUUCUUUAGAGAAAACACAACGACUACAGUUGACCCCAACAAGGUAAAUGCGGUUGUCAUGGGUCGCAAAUGUUGGGAAAGCAUCCCAGAAAAGUUUAAGCCUCUGAAGAAACGUCUAAAUGUUGUCAUCAGUCGAACACUGCCAGCCCGUAGAGAGAAGGAUCUCAUUGUGAGUGACAAUUUCGAUGGCAUUAUAAAAGAGCUGAUGAGCGGCGAGCUGUCAGAAAAAGUGGAGAAAGUGUGGAACAUUGGGGGAGCCGAAAUUUACAAACUUGCUUUAGAGUCAGGACUUGUGGGCGAACUAUUGAUCACUAAAAUUCGAAGAGACUUUGAUGCUGAUGUUUUCCUUCAAAGUCUCAACUGGUAUCACUUUAAAGAAGAGGAGUCCUCUCAGUCUGAGUCAGUGAUCGAGAACGGGAUUGAGUUUUCCUUUCAUCGCUAUCUCUAUGUAAAAUGA